AUGGAUGAUUUGAAGUUUCUUGCUAGAGAGCAAUUGGUGCCUCUUUCCCUUCUUGAAGCUAGUUUCCUCUACGCUAGAGAUUCCCAGAAUGUGGCUUAUCAGUAUUUUUUGAGAAAACCAAGAAAACCCUUAGGCGAAGACGCCCACUUCAUCUGCCAUGAUGCCCAGACCAUCGGAGUGGCGGACGGCGUCCAUAGCUGGGCCAGGAAAGGUGUUAACGCCGGUGAAUACGCGAGGGGACUCAUGAACCACACCAAGAAACACAGCCACAGAUAUAACCCGAUCAUCCGCCGUCGUCGUGGAUCCAAGAAAGUGGAGCCAGAGUACGGCCGUGUCGAAAUUUGUGUCACAAAAACGGAUAGAGUCGACGCUGAAGAUGAGCUUGAGGGUGGUAAGGGGAUUGUGGGACCAAGCCAAGGGAAGAAGUUGCUUAAGAUAUUUAAGGCAGGGUGGAUUAGUAUACCUCCAAGGUCUAUUUCAGAGGGAAGGCAAGUUGAAGGAGGAUAA